CCUUCUUUCCCCCUUUAGUUUACAAACAUCAAAAACAGAACAACUUAUCCAUCUUCCCCCUACUACUUUCUGCAAUUUCACGUUUUGGAAACAGCUAGACUACAAUGGCUGCACCCAGCUGUGGGACAACGACGGAGGCUGUGGGGAACGGAAUACCAACAGGAGACAAACUCGUAUUGAGGGGCUUGAAAUUUCAUGGUUACCAUGGGGUAAAGCCUGAAGAGAAAAAACUGGGUCAGAAGUUCGUGAUCGAUGUAGAUGCCUGGAUGGAUCUUCGGAAUGCCGGUAAAUCCGACGACUUAUCCAAUACACUUAGUUACACCGCUAUUUACCGCAUAGUGAAGGAAGUAGUGGAAGGACAAUCUCAGAAUCUUUUAGAAUCAGUGGCUCAAAUGAUUGCAUCAAAAAUCUUCACAAAUCACCCUCAGAUAUCUGCUGUUCGUGUGCAAGUUCAGAAGCCUCAUGUUGCUGUUCAGGGUUCUAUCGAUUACCUUGGAGUUGAGAUUGUCAGAUAUAGGAGCAUUGAUGCUCCUAACUGAUCUCCGACAUAUACAUUUAUACAUGUAUGAACGUAUGUAUGUACGAAUGCUUCAUCUUUUGAAAAGUCGUUUGCGGGUGGGAACGAUGCCUGGUAUUGCCUGACUGGUUGUAGUUUUUUUUCAUGUGUGAUAUGUGUUGUGUGGUGGAAUGUGUCCAAGCCGCCAAGACUAUAAUUUCUUCCUAUGAAUAUUAAUCAAGGGCUAUCCAAAUUAUUGUGUUUUUA